AUGGGGCCGUUUGCGCUCCUCGGCCUCCUCGCCCUUCUCCCUGCGCUACAGUCGACAUGGCAGGUCAGUGGCUACGAGCUCAAUAACAACACCUCAGAGAAUUAUAUCUCCCGAUCGGUCCCUUUCACUCUCCGUGACACCAGACCGCCAGAAUGCCCUCCUUGCUUCAACUGCCAGCUCGAUGCGUUCAAGUGCCACCAGUUUGGAAAAUGCAAUAAAUUCAACGGCAAAUGCGACUGUCCCCCAGGAUUUGGCGGAGAUGACUGUUCUGAGCCCUUGUGUGGUUCGCUGGCCGAUGGACGGGACAGAACUCCUCGCAAGGGCCCGACCUGCCAGUGCAAGGAUGGCUGGUCGGGAAUCAACUGCAACAUGUGCGAGACCAAUGAUGCCUGCAAUGCCAUGAUGCCUGAAAAAGAAGGAGGAAUCUGCUAUAAGCACCAUAACCAGGGAGAAACGAUAGUUGAAAACUAUCAGAUGUGUGAUGUCACCAACAGAAAGAUUCGAGAUAUGCUCAAGGAACAAAAGCCGCAGGUGACUUUCUCGUGCAAAAAGGCGGACGAAACCUGCAACUUUCAAUUCUGGGUCGAUCAACUGGAGUCAUUCUACUGCUCACUGGAUAAAUGCAAGUGGCAAAUGGAAAUAACGCCGAGCACGAAUAUAACGACGUAUACGUGCGAGAAUAUUAAGUGCGGAUGCGUUCCUGAUCGAAUGCUAUGCGAGACGAAGGGCGUUAGUUUAGAGCCGUUGUUUGGGGAGCUUACAGGCCCGGCCAAGUUUACUUCAACGUCUACUCAAGGCGGCAGCUCUAGGGAUGGUAGCACUUUUUCGGAACCAGUCAUUGAUAAAGUGAUAUCGGACAUGUUUGGCGACAAAUCUAUUCUACUAGACUGUCGCUCCAGCGAGUGUUUAUACAAGACGGGAGUGCCAGGCUACAAGCCUCCUGUGAAAGUUAUCAACACCCCACUCAUUGCCGGUGUUAUCGCCGGGUGCUCGCUUUUCGUCGUCGGCGCUAUCCUCCUCGUCUGGUACCUCUCGAGACGCAAGGUUUACAGUCAAUAUACUGCGCUCUCUGACGAUUCUGACGAUGAGGGCUCAAAGCUCAUGGCAGACCAUAAACCGGCGUCACUGCAAUUUGAAAAUAUUGCGUAUUAUAUUAAUGGCCAGCAGAUCCUUGGAGGUAUCCGUGGCAUUGCGCGCAAUGGCCAAGUUACUGCGAUAAUGGGCGCGUCUGGCGCAGGAAAGACAACAUUCCUAGACAUCCUUGCCAAAAAGAACAAACGAGGCAUCGUCCACGGCGAUAUCUAUGUGAAUGGUGAAAAGGUCAACGACAAUGAGUACCGAAAGGUUGUUGGAUUUGUUGACCAGGAUGAUACAAUGCUGCCCACUCUAACGGUCCACGAAACUAUCUUGAACAGUGCCUUGCUCCGUCUACCUCGGGAUAUGAGUGAUGCAGCUAAGCAACAGCGGGCAUACGAGGUUGAAAAGCAACUUGGUAUCCAUCAUAUCAAGGAUCAACUCAUUGGUUCCGAGGAGGGCAAAGGCCGCGGUAUAUCAGGCGGCGAGAAGAAGCGUGUCAGUAUUGCAUGCGAGUUGGUCACAAGUCCAAGUAUAUUGUUCCUUGAUGAGCCAACUAGUGGUUUGGACGCCUUCAAUGCCUUCAAUGUGGUCGAGUGCCUGGUCAACCUAGCUAAAACAUACAACCGCACGGUGAUCUUCACUAUCCAUCAACCUAGAUCUAACAUCGUUGCUCUAUUCGACCAAUUGAUUCUGCUAGGAAAGGGGAAGACGGUCUUUUCAGGGCCAUACUCGAGCUGCCAGUCUUACUUUGACAAUAUCGGAUACUCUUGCCCCCCAGGAUUCAACAUCGCAGAUUAUCUCGUGGAUUUAACAAUGCACGCAAGCCAAACUCGUUCUACAGAGGAGCCGGCCGUAAAUGUUGACGCCCAUGAUAGCAACUUCCGGACCGCUUCUAGUAGCUUGAGGGCUGUGAAGUCUGUUGCCAGCGCUUCCAAUGCUAGCAUCGACAACGGUAGCGCUGUUGAAAGUGUCCAGGAGUCGCUGCUAAGGCCAAAAGACAAACGACGUUCCUCUCUCAAGCAGCGUCAGGAUAGACAACUUUACACUCGCAAGAGGACCUCCGGACUUGAAUCCCCACCCGAACCGCAAACAGAUAAUGAAGAUGGUCAUGUUGUGAGCCUGGCUGAGCGUGCUCAGCAAUGGCUGCCACUAUCUAAACAACAAGGACAUGUUCCCCCGCAAAUUUUGGAAGACCCGGACCAUCUACCUCCUAUCGCAUCUGGAUAUGCCACAGAUCUCGACGUACUUGUUUCAUACUACGCCAAUUCAAACGUGGCUAACUCUAUCCGUGAAGAAAUAUCCACUUCCGUUCAAGACGCACUCUCUGCGAACGGAUUGACUGACCCGUCGCAACAACAGACUAAUGAUGGUACUGCUGGCCAGAUGACCGGCUAUGCGAGGGUUGGCUUACUCCGACAAUUCGUUAUCCUGUCAAACCGCACCUGGAAGAAUCUUUACCGAAACCCGAUGCUCAUGCUCACCCAUUACGCGAUCGCCAUCCUCCUUGCUGUUCUAUCAGGGUACCUAUUCUACGGCCUCACAGAUGAUAUCAAGGGAUUCCAGAAUCGCCUUGGCUUGUUCUUCUUCCUUCUUGCGCUUUUCGGCUUCAGUACACUCACAAGUUUGACUGUCUUUUCCUCCGAACGGCUACUAUUCGUGCGUGAGCGCGCUAAUGGAUAUUAUUCCCCCAUCACCUACUUUACAGCCAAGGUUAUGUUCGAUAUUAUACCUCUACGACUAAUUCCUCCUAUCAUAAUGGGUGUUAUCAUUUACCCUAUGGUGGGACUUAUCCCAGACUGGCCGGAAUUCUCGAAAUUCAUCCUCAUCCUUGUUCUAUUCAAUCUUGCCGCCGCAGGCAUCUGCUUGUUCAUCGGCAUCGUCUUCCGAGACCCAGGUGUCGCCAACUUAAUUGGUAGCUUGGUGAUGCUGUUCAGUCUUCUAUUUGCUGGUCUACUACUCAACCAUAAUGCAAUUCCCAAGUCAGCGCUGUGGUUGCAAACACUAUCCAUUUUCCAUUAUGCCUUUGAGGGCCUCAUCGUUAAUGAGGUCACUUUCCUAACCCUCAUUGACCACAAAUAUGGCCUUGAUAUCGAGGUCCCAGGCGCUUCAAUCUUGAGUGCCUUUGGUUUCAACAACCUCGCCCUGUGGAACGAUGUUAUCGGACUGGGUGUUAUCUCCGGUGUUUCAAUCGUCGUCGCCUAUGCAGCCAUGCACUUCUUGCUUGUUGAGAAGAGAUAG